AUGUCAUCACUAGUUUCAUUAUGCGAAUACUGCUCGCAGAUUCCUCUAGACCCAAAGGCGCUAGAUGCGGAGACUGAGUGUGUGCCGUUUGAACAGCGGGUAAGGUCCCUUGGGGCUGCUACUCGUAUCAAGAACAGUUCCUGUCCAUUGUGUCGCCUUUUCCUAUCUCAUUUGGACCCAGACUUCGUCGCUGCUCCGUCCAAUGGAGAAGUUCGGCUUGUUUGGUCAAGGGGGCCUUCCGGGCACUGGGCUUUCGCGUCUUUCAAAUCUCGACAAGAUACCUGGAUUGGCUUCAGCUCUUACAUGGAGACAUCUGGCCACCCUCGUCCUGCCUCGGGAUUUUUUAUUGAGCCUUGGACAGACCCUGUGGUGGACACUUCUAGGAUCUUACGCUGGAUCUCAUCUUGCGAGCAGCUCCAUGGCUCGGAAUGUGCGAUGCCGUCGAACCUACUCUUUGCCGAGGCUUUUCCUGGUCUCCGUGUCCUCCGCUUCAUCGAUAUCGAGGCUCAUUGUAUCGUAGAAAUGGCGAGGCUUGAGAAAUAUGUCGCUUUGAGCUACGUAUGGGGAGCCGUUGCAAACUUUCGACUCACCAAGGCGAAUCGAACGGCACUGGUUAUGCCCGGCUCUCUAGAGGAGGUCUUUGAGAUGCUGCCAAACACCAUAAAAGACGCUAUCACUUUGACAAGGCGUCUUGGGUGCCGAUAUCUAUGGGUUGACGCACUUUGCUUGCUGCAGAAUGACACCAAGGACUUGGAGCUAGGUGUCAAUGUCAUGGACGUUAUUUACGAAAGAGCUUGGUUGACAGUUGUGGCAGCCUGUGGCCAUGAUGCUAACGCGAGACUCCCCGGUGUUCAGGAAGGUACUAGAGAUGGUUCUUACAACACCUUCGAGAUUGUGCCCGGCUUGGGGAUGGGAAUUGUGACGGGGUUAGACGGAUUGCUUAAACGCUCAGUCUAUAAUUCCAGAGCUUGGACUUUCCAAGAGGAAGUCUUGUCUCGCCGAGUUCUCUACUUUAUUGAAAACAAGGUCUUCUAUCGUUGCCGUGCAGCGGAGCAUGCCGAGCACUUUGUAGACAACCUCUCACAAAUCUCGGUUGACUCGACGUCGGGAUCUCUGCUUCCCAGCGCCGUGCCCAUGAAUUACCCGGCCUCCGAUUUUUCUACGAUGCUCUUCUACUAUACAAAAAGGGCAUUGACAAACCAGAACGAUACAUCACGGGCCAUGGCUGGCAUUAUCAGGCGAAUUGCAGGGUUAAUGAAAUGCAACUUCUUCCAGGGGCUUCCAACAUCCACUUUCGAUCUUUUUAUCGCAUUCUAUCCAUUCCAUACGGCUCUUCACCGGCGCUCGAAAUUUCCGAGUUAUUCGUGGACAGGCUGGCGCGGUUCUAUAGAUAUGGACUUCAUAACAACUGAUAACAAUAAAGCCAAUAAUUGGCUCAGGGACAGAACAUGGAUCGUUUGGUAUAAGCGGAACCCUUCUGGCAUUACCAGUCUUGUCUGGGAUCCGGAUGCAAACCCAUCAUUCCCAUUGUCAGAUAUGGAGUACGUGGGAUGUCGUCGUAGGCGUCUUUUCUCCGAUGGCCGACAUGUUCCAAGACGACUGGACACAAGGCGAACCAUGCCUACUGAAAAGGUGUCCUUCUCUCGGGAAGUGCCAUCUUACCCCAUACUUCAGUUUUGGACCCUUUCGCUGUUCUACAGAAUCUGUGACAUUGAUGUUUUCAGGGCCACUGGGUAUCUUGAAGACUCAAACAGCAAGAAAUGUGGUUUUGUUUGUCUAGAUGGGUUUGAAGAAACGGAGUUUUUUGAAUCGCGCAGCUCCUUUGAGAUAAUACUUCUAUCCGCGACAUCCAAAUCUCGAUUUUUGAAGUCCAGUGGGAUAGAAUGGCAGGACCAGUAUCCUCCAGUAGUAGGUCAAUUGAAGUAUUAUCACAUCAUGAUUCUGGAGUGGCACUGUGGAAUAGCCGAAAGACGAGGUUUUGGUCUGAUUCACCAAGGUGCUGUUGAGUUUAGCCUAGCUCCUGGUCCAUCCUGGAAGGAAACAUUUCUAGCAUAG